AUCUGGAGGACGUGAACUGUUAGCAGAUAUUUAUAUUAGGCUGAUACUUUGAAUCGGGAAUGAAAGUUUAGACCUGAUGACUCAUGUCAGGUUGGAAGAAAGAUAUCGGUUGCAACUGAAGAAAGUGACGGAUUUUGAAAGCUUCCUGCUGCAACUGAUGCAAGAAACAAAGGACCAUCCAUUUUAUUUGAGGACACCAACAAUCUGGGCCUUGCAAAGAAAACCAGUUUCCUAUGUCUUGGGGAGGACAAAAAUGCUAACCUUAGUUGAGUCUAUCCUGAAACAACAUAAGAGCACUAAAGUAUGUUUGAAGAAUGAGUGUUACCUGCUCAUUGGAGUUGGAGAUGAACGUGUGGAGGUCUCAUAUUGCCCGAGCUCUUUCUUUUUAUCCCUUCCAUGGUAUCAACUCUCUGCUGCUUCAACUUCAAAGCUGCAUGGAGGAUGGUGUUAUCGAAGUAAAAAUGGGAAACGUGUACCAUAUACAUGUUUAUUUAUUAAAAGUUUCAGAACCAUACCUCCCAAUAUUUUUGGAGGAACCGUAGGACCACCAUUACAGACUUGGAUUCGACUUGGAUUGACAACCCACCUGAUCCCAGCGGCGCGGGCGGCGGAAGCACCGUACCAGUGAUGGAAUUAUGUCAAACUUUCCAUGUAAAGUCACAACCCCUGCAACUCCGGCUCCAGUUCCGCAAUUAUUCCCAUGAACCGUCACCGGCUGACGGAGAACGACGUUAGCCACCAUGCCGUUACUACUGAGCACAGAGACACCUCUCCCUCUCCGGCGAGCGUAAGUGUUGACGCUCUCAAUUAUGUCGGCUCCAGAUGAGACUUCAAGAACAU